CUAUCACCAGUCAGUCUCAUCUUCGUCGCCCCUCAACUCCCAAACAUAUUUAACUGGGAGUUGAUCCAAAGAAGAAUAAAUAAAAGAUUUUCUUUUUCGAAAAUUAAAUCCCAAGGAUAAGCCAUGAAAAUGAGAGAGAUUUUUCUUUUUCAUUUUUGCAAACAGAACUAGCAAAAAUGAAUUAGAAAAAAGUGAAUUAUUUUUGUUUUCAUACGCAGCAAAAUUGAGUUCGUUAGAAUAGGUUGUUACAUUCAAAAUUUUAGGUUUAUUUUCGUUGGUUUCAUGUCCGAAAAUGGGUGAUUAUUUUGUGCCACAUCUUUGCAGUACCAAGGAUUAAAAAUUACAAAUCACAACUCAUAUCAAUUGGAUUAAAUAGCUCUAGGAGCGUUCUUUUUUCCCAUGUCAAGUUGUAGCAUCAAGAAAUGCCUCCAAGUAUUGGAGAAAUGCAAAAGCAUGAACCAACUCAAGCAAGCACACGCUCAAUUCUUCACCAAUGGCCUUCACCAUAACACCUUCGCACUCAGCAGGCUCCUCGCUUUCAGCACCCACCAUCACGGAAUCCUUGCUUAUGCAUUUAGAGUUUUCCAACACAUUCACAAUCCCACACUUUGCAUAUUCAAUACUGUCCUUAACGCUUUCUUCAUCAAUGGCAACCCUAAAGGCACAGUAUAUUUGUUCAUUGACAUGGUGCGCCGUGGAUUGAACCCUGAUCACUACACCCUUCCUUGCGUGUUGAAGGCGUGUACCUCGCUUGAAAGUGUUUCCUUGGGGGAGAUUGUUCAUGGGUAUGGAUCAAAAUUGGGGCUUUUAUGUGAUGUCUUUGUGGGUAAUGGUUUGAUUUCGUUGUACUCUGCCUGCUGUGAUCUUGUGGCUGCACGCAAGGUGUUUGAUGAAAUGCCUAAUUUGAAUGCUGUGUCUUGGACUAUGAUGAUCGCAGGGUAUGCUAAGGUGGGCGACAUUGAUUCAGCAAGGCUUUUCUUUGAUGAAGCACCUGAGAGGGACAGGGGAAUAUGGGGUGCCAUGAUUUCUGGUUAUGUGAAGAACAAUUGCUUCAAUGAAGGACUUCAUCUAUUUCGUUUAAUACAGUCUACUGAUGAGGUGCCAGAUGAGUCUAUAUUAGUAAGCAUUCUUUCUGCCUGUGCCCAUUUGGGGGCUUUGGAUAUUGGCAUUUGGGUACACAGAUAUCUGAAUGAAGCAAGGGUUACAUUUAGCAUUCGUUUGAGUACCAGUUUGUUGGACAUGUAUGCAAAAUGUGGUCACUUGGACAUGGCUAAAAGACUAUUUGAUUCCAUGAAAGAGAGAGACGUUGUGUGUUGGAAUGCAAUGAUUUUUGGGAUGGCAAUGCAUGGAGAUGGAAUAAGCGCACUCCAGUUGUUUUCGGAUAUGGAAAAGGCAGGGAUAAAGGUGGAUGAUCUAACAUUCAUAGCCAUUUUUACAGCUUGUAGUUAUUCCGGUAUGGUACUUGAAGGUCUGAAAUUGUUAGAUAAGAUGUGUAAUGUGCACAAGAUUAAGCCGAAGAUCGAACAUUACGGUUGUCUAGUUGACUUGCUCAGUCGAGCUGGUCUCUUCAAAGAAGCCAUGGUUAUGAUAAGAAGAAUAAGAGAUUCAAGCAGCGGCACCUCUGAAGAGGCAUUGUCUUGGAGGGCCUUUUUAAGUGCAUGCUGCAACCAUGGACAAACUAAAAUUGCCGAAUUUGCAGCUGCCAAACUCUUGAAGUUGGAGAACCACAGUGGUGUCUAUGUUUUGCUUUCAAAUUUAUAUGCAACAACCGGGAAAUACAGUGAAACAAGAAGGGUUAGGGAUAUGAUGAAGAAUAAAGGAUCAGAGAAAGCACCAGGUUGCAGCUCAGUUGAGAUUGAUGGGGUUAUUAGUGAAUUCAUUGCCAGUGAAAAAACUCAUCUACAAAUGCAUGAAAUACACUCAGUUUUGAAGAAAAUGCAUAUGCAAUUGGAUUAACAUUUCUCGUUGACAUGAAACAUAUUCUGUUGGCUAGUUGACACACAUUAUAUAUUUUGACCACUCAGACGAAUAAAUAAACGAAGAGGUUUGUUAAU